AGCCCAUCGCCGGAAACCUUAGGGAGCUUGAUACUUUUUCGGGCCGGUCAAAAGUCCGGAUCCAUCUGUCGUAUAGAGCUACUGUGAGCAAAAAAAGUUGCGAAACUGUCUGGUUACAUCGCAACUUUCUUAAUGCAGACUCUAUGCAACCACCCCAGGCGGCUGAUAGCACAAAAUGUUACUCAGUUGGCGCGUACCAUUUCAAUCUUACCGUACCCGGUCCUCAGGCCCUCGACCCUUACUACGCGAACCUUGCGGCGAACUCAGGACCUCCGCUACAGAAGCACUGGAGCUCAAACUUCCGAAAAUCUAGAUCUGAGCGAUAUUGAUAUAACAGGGAGGCCCGACUUAGGCUUUUACAAGCCCAUUCGUCAAUUGCCUGUGUUUUGUCCCGGAUGCGGUGCGCCGACCCAAGCUACUGAUUCCAAAGCGGCUGGCUUCUACAACACAAGACGCCAUAGGCUGAAACAAUACCUAUAUGGUACGAACCCAGAAAAAAAGAAGCCCUUUUCCGAGAAACGGGCACGCGAAGACGAUAUAUUUGAAGCGGCCUUGAAGCAGGCCAACCAAAAUGUAGUUGGGGAAUUGGCAGCACUGUCCAAGAAUGACGACGUACAGAAAAGACUAAAAAGCCUCACACAAGCACAAGGCAUACCUGUCUGCGACAGAUGCCAUCAUCUUACGCACCACAACAGCGGGGAGUCUAUAUAUCACCCGUCCAUCGAGUCCAUAGAGGAGAUUAUCGCUACCUCACCUCACAAAUACAAUCAUAUAUACCAUAUCGUGGAUGCGGCAGACUUCCCUAUGUCGCUAAUACCGAACCUCCAACACACCUUGGAUCUCUCGCCUCUCCGCUCUCAGAAUCGCAGGUCAAAAGACCGCACAUUUCGCCACGGGAGAGUGGCUGAGGUCAGCUUCAUAAUUACAAGAGCUGAUUUGCUCGCUGCCAAAAAAGAGGAUGUCGACCGUUUGAUGCCAUGGGCUCUUGAGGUACUGCGAACUGCACUAGGAAGGACAGCAAAGAACGCCCGCCUUGGUAAUGUACGUCUUGUUAGCGCUUCAAGAGGCUGGUGGACACCAGAAGUAAAAGAAGAAAUAUGGGAUCGAGGGGGGGCAGGGUGGAUGGUCGGUAAGGCCAACGUAGGCAAGAGCAAACUGUUCCAAGUGGUAUAUCCAAAAGGAAGAAGCACAGGCUCUCACGUGGCCAUGGACAAAGUUCGACGUGAAGCACAACUGCAAAUAACGAUGAAUGGGUCUAAAAACCACUCUGAUACGUCAGUAGCUGCAGACUUAGCUGCUCCUGAUCUCAGCACGUUCGGUAAGUCGAGUUCGGAGGAUGGCCAAGAUGCUCAUGGCGAACGACAAAUAUCCGAAAAUAUGCUCGAGACAUGCUCUGAUUCUUCUGUUCCUGGGAGUUCGUUAGUCUCUGAAAUUAGUAACACGGACGAGCCGGCUGUCGAUCCUUUUUCCGCGACUUCUUUUUUCGACCCUGAUUCACUAUUGCCGCCGCCCCAAAUUGAAACUCAAUAUCCAAUUAUGCCCAUGGCAUCGAGUUUGCCGGGCACAACAGCAGCUCCAAUUAGGAUACCAUUUGGCGGCGGUAAAGGCGAGCUUAUCGAUCUUCCUGGCCUGCUGAGAUCAGAUAUCGACACAUACAUCGAACCUGAACACAGGUCUGGUAUAAUUAUGACAACCAGACAAAUUCCAGAGAAGAUUGUUAUCAAGCCAGGACAGUCACUAGUUCUUGGCGGGCUUAUCCGCAUCACGCCCAAGAACCCAGACCUUGUCUUCAUUGCACACCCUUUUCUUACAUUGGAGCCACAUCUCACAUCUACCGAAAAAGCCAUCCAGCUCCACGAGAGACGUAGCACACUGAAAGUACCAACCAUCACGACAGAGUCGGCUGGUGAGGCUAUGCGGUCGGCAGGGACGUUUCCUUUGACAUGGGAUGUAACGAGCAAGCAGACCGGUACACUUACGGCAAGAGAUGCGGGCAGAGUCAAAAUCCAUCAACUGCCUUUCAUUGUAUACUCCACCGAUAUCGUGGUAGAAGGUAUUGGAUGGGUAGAGGUCACCUGUCAAGUACGAAAACGACACUUGGAGGAGACACAAGAGAUCCGUAGUCAACCCAGGGAGACGUCUAUUGAUGAUUCAGGGCCUAUCAUAGACGCCAAAAUUGAUGCUCUCCCAUCUGAUAACCCACUCGACGGCGAGAAUACGCUCGAUCAUUCGUCACAAGCUCCAGCCUCACCGUUUCCUGAAAUUGAAGUUUUCAGUCCAUUAGGGAAGUAUAUUGCAACUAGAAGGACUAUGAAUGGCUCCGUCGUCGGUGGAAAGCUGCCAAUUCCCAAACAUCUUCAGAAAGCAAGACCACGUCAAAACAUGAAAAGAGUGAAGAGGAGCCUACGCGCCAAUAAAUCCAGUAUCAUGAAUAUUCCCCAAUAAGGGUGGAAGACUUCAAGUCAAGGGCCAGUCCACAAUGAUCAAGAUCUGCUCCAGACAUUAUGUUCUGACUGUUCGUUUGGAGUGUCUCUUUGCUCGUGUGUAGGUUCACGGGAGUGGCUUCUCGUGUGUUCAGCUUCAGCCUCUUGACUUGCAGCUGAUGUCAAUCUUUCGAGUGUCUCUUGUAACUCAGGAGCACUUUCAAUAUUACUAGCGUCUUC